AUGCUAAGAAUUGUGCGCACCGUCAGGAUGGCGUUUGCUGGGACAAAUGUCAGUUUGUCCCAGUCGGAUAUAACGCAAAAACUGACGGAGCGCGUAGAUAAUCUGAAGCAGAGAAUCGCUGCUUGGGGAAAGCGAAUUCGGCGAAAUACCGAGAGGUCGACACGGUUCAACCAGAAUCGUCGCUUCCAGAGUGAUCAGAAGAGGCUCUAUGAAUCAUUGGAGCGACCAAUGGUAAGUGGAACGGGCCCAGCACCGAAUCAGGCCGACACUGUAAUAUUCUGGAGCGGCCUGUCGUCAGAGCCCGUAAACCAUAGCGAGAGCCCUUGGACGAAAGUUGUGGCGAGUCAGUGUGCGAGUAUAACGCCCAUGGACCCCGUCAUCAUAACAGCGGAUGACGUAGCUGGGGCGUUCCGUAGGGCCCCGAACUGGAAAAGUCCGGGACUCGACGGGCUGCAUCACUACUGGCUGAAGGGGUUCGUGGUGUGUCACACUGUGCUCGCCCGACAGUUUCAAGAGGCUCUCAACCAGAAGUCGCUCCCGAGCCUCUUCACUACUGGGAUCACCCAUUUUGUUCCUAAAGACCCCAAAAUACCGCCCCAUCCCGUGUCUACCGACCAUAUACAAAACACUAACAUCCAUUAUGAGUGCGAGAAUUACUCGUCACCUGGACUCAAAUCAGACGGUGAAAUGGUGAUCUUCAUAGGAAGAUGUAAAUGUUGCCUUAAUGACGGAGAUUUAAAAAAUUUGUGGACGCCUUAUACGUUUGAAGGAGAAACUGAAAUUUAUGGAAUGAUGUUGACAGAAUGUUUUGCUCUAUCAUGGGUUACUUUCGGUAAAGAAGCUGUCAUAUAA